CGGGAAGCCGGCCCGUAAUCAGUUUUCUUGAACCCCAACACCCGUUGCUUGUCGUGUCUCCGGAGCAGAGGCAGGCUGCUCCAUCAUUCACUGCCUGCGGAUACGCCUCGUUUAAUGCAAGGAUGGGCCUCUACUAUCCCGCAGGAGGCGCGCUGGUCGCCCUCACCGUGGUUGGAGCUUACAUGCUCUUUAACGGCGAGGGAGAGGCUUUUAAUGUCGGUCAAUUCCUCGAAGCGGUAUCCCCAUACGCUUGGGCCAACAUUGGCAUCGGACUCUGUGUCGGGUUGUCGGUAGUGGGAGCGGCAUGGGGAAUAUUCAUCACUGGUUCCUCCAUCAUCGGCGGUGGCGUGAAAGCACCAAGAAUACGAACAAAGAACCUGAUUUCGAUUAUUUUCUGCGAAGUCGUCGCUAUUUAUGGUGUCAUCAUGUCCAUUGUAUUUUCUUCGAAGGUCUUCUACGUUCCUGGUGAAACACUAUAUUCAGGAGAUAACUACUACACGGGUUAUGCUCUGUUUUGGGGAGGGUUGACGGUCGGGAUGUGCAAUCUGAUCUGCGGCGUUGCAGUCGGCAUCAACGGAAGCAGUGCAGCCCUGGCAGACGCUUCUGACCCUAGCUUGUUCGUUAAAAUUCUGGUCAUUGAAAUCUUCAGUUCUAUACUCGGUCUUUUCGGCUUGAUCGUCGGACUCCUUAUACAAGGAAAGGCAAAGGAUUUCUCCUGAAAACAUGACUAUUUCUCGGAUAUUCCAGAACGGCAUCAAUGCAUUCACGGUGGCAUCUGCAAUCGUCCCGUUAAAGGCAUCUUCUUCUUCUUUUUCCCCCCAUCUUAAUUUGGAUGUAUGUACAAAUGGCCUGGGCGUCUAGGUUUGAUUUCAUCAUCUUCAUAGAGAGCUCUCGGUCUGUUAUGCGAGAAGUUUUAUAUUUCUACUUGGUCCAUUUGCGCUGUAUAUUAAAUGCGGACAGUAAACGGGGUCGAUUUUAGCUAGGAUGGUUUCUUUUACACUCAUAAUGGGAAGAUUAAUCGCGGUAUAAAGCCCAUCACUCCUCU